AUGGCGCCGAUGAGCUCUCUCCUCGUUUAUUACGUCACUGAGGCUGGUGAACCAGUCAGCGACGUGGCCAGUUUCCAUGUCCGCCUCCUUCACAAGGAAGUGGCAGUGGCAGUCGAAGAAAGAAGAUGGUGGUAUCCCAGAGCUGUAUUACAACUCCGAGUUCUAGCUCCCCCAGAUUCAACAAUGUGCCUUAUCGGUGCUCGGACUCCUCCCGAUACACGAUUUGAUCCUCAUCAAACGAGCACCGACCACGAAGACCAACCGGGCCCGGAAUUCGUAUCGGCCGGGGUUUCUCUGUUCGUUGGUGGUGGGACCUGCGGAGGAGGAGUUCUGUACAGACAGAGAACCGCUCCAGCUCCGUGUGCGCCGGCUCAAUUGGUACCUCCUGCAAGUCACGACAGGCUCUGGAUGUGGAAGUGCUUCAAUUAUACGUAA